AUGGCGGAAGCCGCAGCUGACGAUGAUGUGACAUUGCCAAGAGCUGCUGUUAACAAGAUGAUUAAGGAGAUGAUACCAAAUGUGCGAGUUUCUAAUGAUGCUAGAGAACUUAUUUUAAACUGCUGUACAGAGUUCAUUCAUUUAGUUUCAUCAGAGGCAAAUGAAAUUUGUAAUCGUCAGAUGAAGAAGACAAUUCUACCAGAGCAUGUUUUUCAAGCUUUACAGGGAUUGGGUUUUACUUCCUACAUUGAAGAAGUGAGAUCAGUCCUUCAAGAAUGUAAAACACAAGCUGCAAACAAAAGAAGAGCCAGCACACGACUGGAGAAUCUGGGUAUCCCUGAAGAAGAGUUGUUGCGGCAACAGCAGGAACUCUUUCAGCAAGCAAGAAUAAAGCAAGCUCAGGCUGAACAGGAAGAAUUCCAGCAGCUUCAACAAGCUCAAACGUUGGCUCAGCAACAGCAACAACAACAACAAAUACCACAGCCUAGUACAUCAGCUGUAUCACCUGUAGCAACACAAUUGAAUCAAUAGCUAGUCACCAUUUUUUGCUCAUAUUAUCUCAGCUGAGCAUUUGUUGAAAGAGCUGCACCGUGUCAUUUUUGCAAAGAGGGAAAGGGGGAGAGAGGGGUUAGGUAGGUUGAGGGACCAGCAGGAUAGGGGUAGUGGGUUACUGCAGGCUGGAGGGGAAUGGGUAGGGAGGGUGUAAACUUUAACCCUUUCAUUCCCAAGAUCUCAUUUGUAAUUCUCCCUACUGUUUGCUGUAUAGUUCUUGUUAUGUUAAUUUGGAGAAUUUGGUAUUGGAUCAACUAAUAAUCCCCAAAUUAAUAUUUUCCUGUAUUCUCAUCACUUGUCUGCUUGAUAUUGUAUUGAUAUUGUAGGGAGAAAUUCUGUCUUGGUCAAUUAUGGGAGUUAAAGGGUUAAAGGCCGGUUAUUUAAACAAAGCUUAGCCAUUGUUUAACAAAACCUCAUUCUAAACUAUCAUCAAUUUAGCCCAACCACCUUUUUUGUGUGAACAGUGUCAAGAGGUUCAAAAGCUAACAAUGGAAAUAACAUGUAUUUAAUUAAAUCAACCUUCUUAUGGAGAAUACCUGAGGCUCACUGCUUGCUUAAAACCGUGGUUUGGGUUAGACGUUGUGUAAAUGCCUACCCCUAAGAGGUCAGGAAACAAAAACAGAUCUGAAGUGUUUUGCACUAAAGCAUGGCUCUGAGCUGAACCUUUUUCAAAACUGUCAUUUGGCAAAUUGUAGUUUUAUUCACAAAGGAAAGAUCAAAGAAUGAGAAGGGAAGUGUUGUGCAAUAUUAAAAAAAUAAAUAGUUCUUGCAAAUGUUUAUGUAUUUGACCUGUUAAACCAAAAUUUGGCACAGGAGAUUGGAGUCAAGGAUGC